AUGUCAACCCCGGAGAAUUUCGACAGGGAUCUCGAGAUGGAAUUGAUUUCAGACUAUUUACGGUCAGCUUCCGGUAAGCAAUCAGCGAACGACGACGGGCAAUCGGUCUACGAUGCGUCUUCCUCACAGCAAUUGAAUCUUCCUACGUUCGUCACGCCGUUGGAGAUAGAACACGUCCCUGGCAUGGACGCUCUGUAUCCCCCAACGCCGCGUAAGUUCUCCAUGCCUGCUAUGCCAGCGCCCAACAACCUCUCUAACCUACCGCAGGACCCGUCAAACUCGUAUAGUCUCGUACAAGAGGAAAACGAGCAAGAGUUGGGUCCUAAAACGCGCGGAGUAAGGAGGAACGCGCAGAAGGCCAACGGCGACGAGACGUCUACUCUGGAGGAAUUUUGGUAUGAAGAAGGAAAGGAGUGGAAGGUCAUUCCGAAGAAGGGCGAACGCACGGCGCAUGAGACAAGAAGGAAAAAGAAAGAUAUGGACGGUUUGCAAUCAGGACCAGAAUGCUAUGUUUGCGGCAACAAGCUACGUUUCGAGAAUAUCAUGAACAAUAUUGCUUGCGACGUGUGUGGCUGCUUUAAUUAG